AUGAUUUCGGUUACGACGACAAGGCUCUCUUUGAGAAGACCUACUGCUACUCGGCAUACGAGGCUUUUGGUGUGCCUUCCCCUCUUCCGGAGGUUGAAACCACUGAAGACUGUGAAACUCGUUCUUAUGUUGGCUUUUCUGUCUAUUGCCUUCAAUGGCUUAGCAAGUCCGUGUGCUUUCUACCUAUUUCUUCUCCAUAAACAAUGUUCAUUGCCUUUUGAUGUCCAUUGCCACUACUAUACCCACCAGGCUCAUUGGUCCAGCGGCCUUGUGAGAAAGUCACCGGAUUCCCAAGAUCUUCAAGAGGUUCCACCCCAAUUCAAGAUUCAGGAUAAUGUGACUGAGGAAACCACUAUUGCAGCUUUCAAUGAGGCCAUUCGGGAUGACCUUGAAAUAGAAGUACUUAGAGCUGAGCCGCACACUUUUGAUCAAGCCAUUGCUACUGCCCAUAAACAGGAAAAUAUUAAUGUCAAGCUUGGACUGAACACUUUUAAGGGUUGCAAACUCCCAAACCCUAGCCAGAACACUACUUCCAAGAACCUUGUAAAUCUUGUCAACCUAACCAUUGCUACUAUUAACACCCAAAGAUAA